GAAACGGCUUCUCUUCUGGCGUGAUGAUGAUAAUCCGGCCUCUCUUUUUUUAGAUCACUGUCAUCAUCAUCUCUUAGUGUUUCAUUUCUCAUUUACUUCUCUCUCGUUUUUUUUUCGUUGGUCUGUGAUCUUAUUAAUCUAAUUUGUAAAUUAUUUUGUUUUCUCUCUCUCUCUCUCUCUUGUUCUCUCUUUUCUUUCUCUCUCUCUCUCUCUAUUUCUCUCGAUUUUGUUUCGCAUCUUCUUUGCUUGUGUUGUGUCUUCUCUUCCCGCAAAUGGAAACUGAUUCUAGCGGCGGGUUAAUCAGUUCUGAUUAUAUUAAUUGUUCCAUAAGUGAUUCUACUCUUAUUGGUGAAAAUUAUCUCAAUUCUGAUGAAUCUCCUUCUACUGAUUACUCUAAUUCUAUAACUACUACUGCUACUACUAUCAAUCAAUCUCAUCAUCAUUCACAUUAUCAUUUGAAAAAUGGAUUUAAAUCUAAUAGCUGCUAUUCUAAUUGUUUGACUAUUGUUCCAACAAUGUGGCAAUCGAUAAGAUUACCUUUUCCUUUUUCUCUUUCUUUAAAUGUGUUCAAAUUGUCUAAUAAUCAUUAUGGGUUAAAUUCUGUUGUCUCAUUUUGUUCUGUUUUAUUUUUCUUGUUAAUUGUCUCAAAUAAUUUCUCUCCUUCAUUAUCUGCACCUUCUUCAUCAUCAUCAUCAUCAUCAUCAUCAUUAUUACCAGCAAGCAUAUUUAGCUCGGCUUCAUCAUUAACCUCUCUUCAAGCCAAAUUACCGGUUCGAUGUUCAUCAACUCAAUUCUCUUGUGGUGAUUCUUGUAUUCCUUCAAAUUGGCGAUGUGACCGGUCUGCUGAUUGUAAGGAUCAAUCCGAUGAGAAAGAUUGUCCACUCGCUAAUGAGUGUGAUAAAAACGAAUUUCAAUGUGAUAACGGUAAAUGUAUUACCGAAAAAUGGGUUUGUGAUGAGACAGACGAUUGUGGUGAUCGAUCAGAUGAAAGAAAUUGUACCGUCACUUGUCCACCGGAUCAUUUUGCCUGUUUAACUGGUAGUCAAUGUAUAAAUAAGGAAUUAAGAUGUAAUCAAAUAACUGAUUGUACUGAUGGUUCAGAUGAAAACGAUUGUAAAUCAGUUGAGUGUUCAAAAGCCGAAUUUAGAUGUACUGAUGGAACAUGUAUCGAUAAAGCAUUUGUAUGUGAUCAAGAAUAUGAUUGUAGCGAUCAAAGUGACGAAUUUAAUUGUAAAGAUACUACUUGUGCCACUAAUCAAUUUACCUGUGGUGAUGGUAAAUGUAUUCCAGAUGUAUGGAAAUGUGAUGGUAACAUGGAUUGUAAAGAUGAAUCAGAUGAAACAAAUUGUAAUACAACAAUCAAAAAGACAGUUCCGUUUAAUUGUAAUGAUAAAUCAUUCAAAUGUCAUGAUGGAUUAGAAUGUAUUCACAUUGAUUGGAAAUGUGAUGGUUUCUCUGAUUGUAAAGACGCUUCAGAUGAAAAAGGUUGUGUCUUUAACAAUACUUGUCGUAACGAUCAAUUUCUGUGCAAGAAUGGCCAAUGUAUCCCAUCAUAUAUGAGAUGUAAUGGUGCUCAUGAAUGUUCAGAUCAUAGUGAUGAAAUUGAUUGUGACAAGCAUUUACAUGACUCUUGUGGCUCGGAUAUGUUUCAAUGCAAUUCAACAUCAAGAUGUAUUUCUAAAGACAAAAUUUGUAACAAAGUUGAUGAUUGUGGCGAUUGGUCGGAUGAACCCAAAUCUUGUACUAUCAAUGAAUGUGUAACAAAUGCAACCCACUGCUCUCAUGAAUGUAUUGAUGAUCCAAUUGGUUAUCAUUGUGCAUGUCCAAAAGGAUUAAGGCUUGAUAAUGAUGGUAGAACCUGCUAUGAUAUUGAUGAAUGUAAAGAAACAUUUGGUAUCUGUUCAAAUCAUAAGUGUAUCAAUACCAAAGGUGGUUUCAAGUGCGAAUGUUUUGACGGUUAUCAAUUAGUUGAUCAUCGUUUCUGUAGGGUUAAAACACAUGAACAACCAUAUAUCGUAUUUGCCAAUCGUCAUGAUAUCCGUCAAGCAUAUUUACCUGCUAAUCGAUCAGGACCACGACAUUACACUCCACUUUAUCGUGCUCUAACUUCAACAGUUGCUAUUGAUUAUAAUCUAGCAGGAAAUUAUUUAAUUUGGUCAGAUGUUGCUGUUGAAGGAAUUUUUAUCGGUAAACUGAAUAAGGAUAAAGAAUCUAAAUAUGCCAAAGAAAAUGCCACAGCUCUAAUUUCAACUUCGAUUAAAAAUGUUUACGGAGUCGCUAUUGAUUGGGUUCACGCUUUAUAUUGGACUGAUGAUGUUGCAAAUACAAUUGAAGUUGCUCAGAUCGGAAAUCCAAUAAACAGAAAGAUCAUCAUUGAAUCUGGUCUUGAUGAGCCUCGAGCAAUUGUUAUCGAUGUUAAAGAAAACAUGAUUGUUUGGGCUGAUUGGGGUGAUCAAGCUUUCAUCGAGAGAGCAUCACAAGACGGUUCAAACAGGAAGAAAUUAGUGGAAUCUCAAAUUCUUUGGCCAAACGCAUUAACACUCGAUGUAAUUACCAAAAAAAUCUAUUGGCUGGAUGUUAAAUAUCACACGUUAAGUGCAAUAAACUAUGAUGGAUCUGGACGAAUUACCUUGUAUGAAUCUCCAUCUUUAAUUAAUCAACCGUUUUCAGUUGAUAUUUUUGAAGAUUAUCUCUACUAUUCUGAUUGGAAACUCGAAGCAAUCCAACGAAUUAAUAUAAACGACGAACCUCACAAAGCGGAUACCUUUAUGUCUCGACUUAUAGAGAAUCCAAUGGGUGUAAAGAUUGUCCAUGAAAGUAAACAACCAAAAUCACCUAAUAGAUGUGAAUCAGCAAAAUGUUCACAUUUAUGUUUACCUUCAACAUCACCAACCAACUAUACAUGUACAUGCCGAAAAGGAUAUUUAUUGCUGAAAGAUGCUUGUGUACCAACAACUACCUCUCAAAUCUCAACUACUAAAAGCACAACAACUAUGAAGUCAAUAAGUCAACAACAAUCAUCGGUGACAACUUCAUCACCGCGAAUCUCAUCAUCUACCACCAUUCCCUUGACCAAGGGAGAUACAUCAAGUUCAUCAAUAACAAUCAAUGAAAGUGAUAGAUUAGAUCUUGAAGAUUAUGCCUCAUCAUCCAGUCAUAAAGGUGACAAAUCAAAAGACAAUUUAUCUGGAAUCUCUAACGAUUCAUUUAAUCUCAACGAUAAUACCAAUGUAGUAUUAAACUCAACAGGGGAUUACUCUGAAACUGAUGCUCAUCUUGCUUUAAUAAUUAUUGCCAUUUGUUUAACGAUAGCUUUGUUCAUUACUUUGUUAACCUUUAUAAUUCAUCGUAAUUAUGCUAAGAGAAGCAUAACAUCAAUGAAUUUCGAUAAUCCGGUUUAUCGUAAAACCACAGAAGAACAAUUUGUACUUGAGAAGAGUGAAGAUAAUGUCAACUCUUACCCAUCAAGUCUGGAACCAUUAAACUCUCCAGGAACAAAUGAGUUUGUCUAAUCAUUGGCAAUUUUUUUUGCAUGUUGAGUUUUUUUUCUGUAAAUAGCAAAAAAAUAUAAACAAUACAAUAUAUAUAAAUAUAAACCGAAA